GUUGGUGUGAGAUUGACCCAACAACCUCUCUCAAGUCUUCUCUGCUCCUUCCUUUCCUUUGCUUAAAACCCCAUGAGCUCCUUCAUUUUUUUCAGCUUGGAAGUUCCCUGCUCAGAGAACAACAAGCUACUAAUUCUCUUUCUCUCUAAUUUGUUCCAAUUUUUCGAGCUUUUUUGUUAAUUCUACUCCAGACCCAAAUCACAAAACAUGCAGUCCCUCUCUCCAUCUUCCUCCAGUAUUACGCUCAAAUCCCUAAUCAGGAAAUCAUCUCCGAAUUGGACUCAUCGGGUCAGCCCAAGUCGACUCGUUACUCAGUGUGCUCACCCAUUCGACUCAGCUAACGGUUAUGGGGCUAUCGCUGCGAACUUUAAUGUUGCCGGCAGCAUCGGCGACAGGCGGGCGGACUGGCAGAGCUCAUGCGCAAUAUUAGCGAGCAAAGUGGUGUCACAGCAAGAAGACACCGAAAAAGCCGGCGGCUCAGACAACAUCACUGCCGUUAACGGCCAUAGAACCUUAGAUCUAGUACAAAUCGAGAAAUUACCUAAACCAUUGGCCAUCACGGACCUCUCUCCAGCUCCGAUGCACGGAUCGCAGCUCCGCGUCGCCUACCAAGGCGUUCCAGGGGCAUACAGUGAAGCUGCUGCCGGAAAAGCCUAUCCGAACUGCGAAGCCAUCCCUUGUGACCAGUUCGAAGUUGCUUUCCAAUCAGUCGAGCUCUGGAUCGCGGACCGCGCUGUUCUUCCCGUCGAAAACUCCCUCGGCGGCAGUAUCCACCGGAACUACGACCUUCUCCUCCGCCACCGCCUCCACAUCGUCGGCGAAGUCCAGUUACCUGUUCAUCACUGCCUCUUAGCUCUCCCAGGCGUCCGAAAAGAAUACCUAAACAGAGUAAUCAGCCAUCCCCAAGCACUAUCUCAGUGUGAACACACACUGACAAAGCUUGGCCUCAACGUUACCCGUGAAGCCGUUGACGAUACCGCCGGCGCAGCAGAAUUCAUUGCCGCCAACAAUAUCCGCGGCACUGCCGCUAUUGCAUCUGCACGCGCCGCCGAAUUGUACGGACUCGAUAUCUUAGCCGACGGAGUACAAGACGAUUCCGGCAACGUCACGAGGUUCGUGAUGCUGGCUCGCGAGCCGAUAAUUCCCCGAACCGACCGGCCAUUCAAGACCAGCAUAGUGUUCGCUCACGACAAGGGUACGAGUGUACUCUUCAAAGUGUUGUCAGCGUUUGCAUUCAGGAACAUAAGCUUGACAAAGAUCGAGUCUCGUCCUCACCGGAACCGGCCUAUCAGGUUGGUCGACGAUGAGAACGUUGGAACAGCGAAACACUUCGAGUACUUGUUUUACGUGGACUUCGAAGCGUCAAUGGCGGAAGUUAGGGCACAGAAUGCUUUGGCGGAGGUUCAGGAGUUCACGUCUUUCUUGAGGGUGCUCGGAAGCUACCCAAUGGACAUGUCUCCUUGGUGCCCGUCGGGGGAGAUUAACAAAUCCCAAACUACUUCUUUUCGUUUUUUUUUUAAUUUAAAGUAAAUUCAAUUUGAAUGUAAUCUUGCUUUUUAAAAUUGUUUUUUCCAUUCGGUAUAGUUUUUUGAGUUAUGUGUAAGAUUGUAACAAAAUAUGUUUAAAAUGUUUAGUGGUCUACGCCUUUUUUUUAAUGCAUUUUUUUGGGAAAAAAUGGAUCUUAUUAGGAUCGGUAAUGAGUUAUGUUAGGUUGGAUUUAUAUCUUGUUUACGUAAAUGUCCUAUUAAACUUGGUUUACAUACUAAUUUAUGAUGAU